AUGUCGGUGCGAAGCGUGUGGGCGUGCGGCAGUGGGCGGGGCUUGGCANUGGAGCUGGCGAAUUCAGGUCUGGCAUCGACUAUAAUUCAGGUGUACUGGAAUGCGGUACUCAGCUCGUAUUACAAUCCGGUGGACUCGGUGACCGUGUUGACGCUGAGCCAAGGUCUGGUGACACCCGGCUCGUCGAUACCCACCCUGAUAGCGAUGUCGACGGAUCGUAUACCGGCGAUUCGGAAUAAAGUGGAGCUGAUGUUAAAGGAUAUCGAUAGUAAAUACGCUGGAAUGGUGCCGAGUAAGGCCGUGGCGGGUAUUCGGUGCUCGUUUCGUUUGCAGAGGCAGUUGAAACGCGAUCAGGAUUUGGCAUUGAGGGGGAUUAGGGCGUGUGAUGUAUCGGCUGUAUCGGGUUAUUUUUAUUUAUUAUAA